AUAGCAAGAUUGACCAUCUUUGUAAUUCGAUGGCUUAUUAAAAGCUAGGGUUCGCUGCGAGAACCUGAAAAUGGCUUCUUUUGGCUCAAUUAGGUCUGAUAUAUUCGACAAGGAAGAAAAGAAACAGCAAUAUCAAGCUCACAUAUUAGGGCUCAAUGCUUACGAUCGGCACAAAAAGUUUCUGAAAGAUUAUGUUAGCUAUUAUGGAGGAGAGGGGCAGAAACAAGAAAAAUUACCAAUUAAAACUGAUCAAGACACUCUUAGAGAAGGUUAUCGGUUUAUUCGCUCUGAAGAAGAUGAUAUGGACUUUUCAUGGGAACAAAGGCUGGUGAAACGUUACUAUGAUAAACUUUUCAAAGAAUAUUGCAUUGCUGACAUGUCACAUUAUAAGUCAGGCAAGAUUGGACUGAGGUGGAGGACUGAAAAAGAAGUUACAUCUGGCAAAGGGCAGUUUGUAUGUGGUAACAAACAUUGCAAUGAAGAAGAAGGCUUAACAAGCUAUGAGGUGAAUUUUGCUUAUUUUGAAGCUGGAGAAAAUAAACAAGCGCUCGUGAAAUUAGUAACUUGUGAGAGAUGUGCAAAGAAACUUGUUUAUAAAAAAAUGAAAGAAAAGGAAAAGGAAGAAUCAAAAAGAAGAGAAAAAGAAGAGCACAAAAAGAAAAGAGAAAGGGAUGAAAAUGAUGAUUAUACAAGCAAGGCUUAUGAGAGGGCCCAUGGGAAAAAGUUGUUAUUAACAUCGGCGGGUGAUGGUAAAGCUGAUGACGAGGAUAACUUUGAUGAAUUUCUUCAAGGAAUGUUCCCCUGAACAAUUGGAAUUCGUUUUAUUUUCAUGAAUAUAUUUUGGUAACAUUGUUUUAAAAAAUAUCAACUUUGGUUAAAUAGUUUUCUGUUUAUAUU